UAAGUGUUCAACAGUAUGAAGUGUUCAACAGUAUGAAGUGUCAACAGUAUGAAGUGUUCCACAGUAUUAAGUGUUCAACAGUAUUACAUUCAACAGUAUUAAGUAUUCAACAGUAUUAAGUGUUCAACAGUAUUAAGUGUUCAACAGUAUGAAGUGUCAACAGUAUGAAGUGUUCAACAGUAUGAAGUGUUCAACAGUAUUAAGUUCAACAGUAUUAAGUGUUCAACAGUAUUAAGUGUUCAACAGUAUUACAUUCAACAGUAUUAAGUGUUCAACAGUAUUAAGUGUUCAACAGUAUUAAGUUCAACAGUAUUAAGAAUGUUCAACAGUAUUAAGUUCAAAAGUAUUAAGAAUGUUCAACAGUAUUAAGUGUUCAACAGUAUUAAGAAUGUUCAACAGUAUUAAGAAUGUUCAACAGUAUUAAGAAUGUUCAACAGUAUUAAGUUCAACAGUAUUAAGAAUGUUCAACAGUAUUAAGAAUGUUCAACAGUAUUAAGUGUUCAACAGUAUUAAGUUCAACAGUAUUAAGAAUGUUCAACAAGUCCGUACUCUUUAUCUCAUCCUCAUUUUGAUCGUUUCAUCAAAGUUCUGAGAAAAUGAAUGUAAGAUGCAUUUCUCAAUUUCUCUUCACCAUGUAAGGAAGCAUGACAUGACUUGAUCAUUUAAGGGAAGGAAGUUACAGUUCACUCUGCCUCCAAUAAGUAUUAAAAAAGAACAUUACCUGCCUCACACUUGAAUUUAGUUCAACUGCACCGCCAAAACGUUUAGGUAUCCGUGGACGUUUGGCAGGAAGUAUGUUUGCAGGACUUCUCCUCUUUAUACCAGUUCUACUGGCUGAAGAUGUGGCAGUUUUAUUUUGUAGAAAGAAGAGUGUUUGCGUCUUAGAAGGAUUGUCUGUAAAAUUGUCCUGCGGUUUCACAAUCCAAGAUACCAGACGUAAAUUAAAAGAAUUCUACUGGUUUAACAACAACAACAGGAAGAAAUGGAAGGACACAACUAUUCCGGAGGAUCUGAGUGAAGACCCAGAGUAUUAUGGUCGUUUGUUACAUGGUGCUGUUGGGGGUUUCGGUCAAUAUUCCAUAACUACUACGAUCAUAAAUUUGAGACCAAGUGACUCUGCUGAGUAUAAGUUUAGACUUAACACACAGAACUCAGGAUGGAAGAACAGCGAAUCUGGAACAACUGUUUUUGUCACAGGUCUGAAGGUGAUUAAGAAUCCGGACACUGUGAAAGAGGGACAAAAAGUAACACUGACCUGCAGUACCAUGUGUAUCCUGAGUAACAACCCCAACCUGACUUACAUCUGGUAUAAGAAUGGACGACGACUAACCAACCCAAAGACCCUGAAGACCAGCCUGUACCUAGACCCAUUCAGCAUUACGGAUUCUGGCAGUUACUCCUGUGCUGUAAAUGAUCUCCGUUCUCCUUCACUUUGUCUCCUGGAUAACUGUUGGGAUGUGAAAUACGCAAAGAAGACAAUCUGCGCCAUAACCGGGUCGUCUGUGGAUCUGCCUUGCACUUACACAUACCCCAGUGGUCAGACCAUCACACAGACUCUCUGGUCAAAAACUGUGGAUGCUAAAGGGAAGCCUGAAGCCUUGAAGUAUGGAGAUAGUGUGCAGUACCGUGGAGACAAGAAGACUGACUGCACCCUGAGAAUCACAGAGCUCAGAGAGAGAGACUCAGCCAACUACAGUUUCAGAUUCAAAACACAACAGGGGAGCUACAAUGACCCAUUUCAGGUCACUCUGUCUGUCACAGAUGUAUUUGUAAAGGUUAGACCCGACAUCGUCAUAGAGGGAGAGAAAGUCUGGAUCUCGUGCUCAACGUCCUGCGUUCUGAAGCAAAACUCUACUGACUACAUCUUCUACAAGGACAAACUUCGCCUACCUAGCCCUAACAGACACUGGAUCUUGUACCUUGACCCAGUCAGCAGUGAGGAUGCAGGCAGCUACUCCUGUGUAUUGGUUGGCCUCGAGAAUCAGCCCUCCCUUGGAGCUACACUCACUGUGAGAUAUCCUCCAAGGUCCACCACCGUGAUGGUCAGCACAGAUCAGAAUAAAAUAGUGGAAGGCAGUUCAGUGACUCUGACCUGUAGCAGCGAUGCCAACCCACCAAUGGAGAAAUACACCUGGUACAAAAGGAACGGAACUAAAGUGAGCGUCUUACAGGGAGAAACAGAAAGUUACACCAUCCCCAUUGUCAGUCUUGGGUACAUUGACCAGUACUUCUGUGAGGCUAAGAAUGAGAUUGGAGCUCAGAACUCUACCUGGGACCUGACCACAGAUGAUAGACUAGUGAAUGUCUUGACUCCUGUACUGUGCGUUGUGGCUGUCCUGACUGCUGGAACUCUUCUCGUUCUCAGCUACUACACACUGAAACAGAGAAACCGCAGAGAAAGAGCUGAUACACCGAGAGUCCAUUAUGUCAGUAAUGAUGCCUCCAACUCCGCUGUGAGUGAGGAGGAGAGCGUAGAUACUCUCUACGCUCACCCUGAUGACUAUGAUGACAUACAGGGUGGCAUUGAUGAGUACGAUGACAUACAGGAUGACACCUACACAGCCCUUCAGAGAGACUCUCGCCUCUCGAUGUACGAUUCUAUCCCGAAGAGAGAAUCACCAUAGAGCCUGAAGACCUACAGCACCAACCCAAAAAUACGCCUUGCACCUUUUUUUGUCCUGCUAUCACAUUGGCCUGUCUGGGAUGUUUCCCACACAUUGAGCUCUAACCUUAGAGUUUAUAUUGAAGGUGAAUAUGAUUGCUGGAAUGUUUUGCCAUUGGCUAAUGCAAAUGUAAAUGGUGUUAUAUUGUUUGGUUUUUAGAGUUGAUUGUUGCUUACUACACAAGAUGAGGUUGAAAGAAACAUAAUCAAAUCAUAUGCAAGUUUUCCUAUUCUUUACAGUGAGGGAAAUAUAUGAAAGUAUUCCAUUUAGUAAUUGCCACUUCAAUUACUGCUCAUGCUCAUGGUAAUUCUCUUUAAUCAUGGAUUGAUUAUUACAAAGUAGACGCUUGUCGAUAUAGCAAUUAAAAACAGCUAUUCUGAAAGCAAAGAUACAUAGGAAUAUAUCAGCAAUCGUGCAAAACUGUCAGUAUUGUUAAUAUAAUACUAAUAUUUAAGUAAAUUAAAUUCAUUAAAUGUUUGCUGUAUGACAAUACAUUUGUUUUUUUGACCCCUGGUUUAUUAGCAUACUAGUAUGCUCACUAACCGUUAGGGUUAUAAUUACAUUAAGGGUUAGGUGCUAGGGUUAGGGUUGUCACGCCCUGGUCUAAGUAUUUUGUGUUUUUCUUCAUGUAUUGGGUCAGGCCAGGGUGUGGCAUGGAGUUUUUGUAUUGUGGUGUGUUUUGUCUUGGGGUUUUGAUGUGUAUGUAUUUGGGAUUGUAGCUAGUUGGGUUAUCUAGCAGAGUCUAUGGCUGUCUGGAGUGGUUCUCAAUCAGAGGCAGGUGCUUAUCGUUGUCUCUGAUUGGGAACCAUAUUUAGGCAGCCAUAUUCUUUGAGUUUGUCGUGGGUGAUUGUCCUUAGUGUCCUUGUUCCUAUCUUUGUUAGUUUUCACAAGUAUAGGCUGUUUCGGUUUUCGUUUUGUUAUUUACAUUCUUUGUUUUGUAGUGUUUGUGUUUACUUCGUGUUUACGUUAUUCAUUAAACAUGGAUU